UCCGGGAGUGGGGGUCCCACAGCCUCCCCAGCCCCCGCACGGCGAAGGCUCCCCCAGCAUCGCCCCCAGCAUCACAUGGCCUGGGGUCCCCGGGCAGGCUGGCACCUUCCCGGGCACCGGCACCGGCCCUGAGAGCCUCUCGAGGUCUCAGCUCCCCCGAGGCGUUGAUCCCAGGCUGUUGCAUAAUUUUUGUUCCAGUGCAAUUAGUAAAGAGGCUUCAGGGUUUUUAAUUUCCACUUGGCUCCAAGCGCUCCAGGAGCGGCUGGGACUUACUACCCAGGGCUCACAAAAGUAAACUGGGUCAGUCUGUUUCAAGUGGAGGUUAGAGAGGAUCCCUGGGGUACUCUGGGGUUCACCCCACACACCUUGGCCCUGGGCAGCUCUGCUGGAUUCAAGCCUGUGCAUGCACUGAGUUGGGCAGGUCUCACUUCCGUCCGUGCCCUCCUUAUCCAAGCCUCCACGGCUGUUGUUUUAAUGGGAUUUCACUGCACGAGCAGCAGGUUGACCCUCCCUGUGGUUUGAGCGGUUUCAGCCCCACCAACAGAGGAUAAUCCUCCCUGGAGCUCAGCCCAAGACAGGGAUCCUGCCGGCACAAGCCGUGGCUUCUCUGCACCCCAGAGCCUGCCUGGCCUCUACCCACAGCAUUUCCCUUCCCUGAAUCAAUUCCAGGGUUUUGUCCUCCCCUUCAAAGGGAGGAGACCUGGGAACUCAUCCUACAUACGGCUCCUCUGGUAUCCCCACCGGGUCAGUAUCAUAUCCCCAUGGGCCAGUGCUGGGGCUGACCACGUGCCUUGCAGGUGCUCACGGGACACCGGCGACCACCGUGCGCUGAGACCGGCACAAAGACAUGAGUGGCAGCGCGAGCCAGCGUGCCGCCGCCCUGGGGGUCCUCUUUGCCCUGAUCAUGUUGCUGAUCAUCUACAGCUCUGGCAAUGGGAGCGAGGUCUUCCCCUACAGCCGCCUGCGGGGCAGAGCCCGCCGGCCCCCCGACCUCAAGAAGUGGGGAGUGAAAAGCGGGUACCUGCCCGUCUGUGGGAACAAGACCCUGACUGCCCGCUGCCACCAGUGCGUCAUUGUCACCAGCUCCAGCCACCUCCUGGGCACCCACCUGGGCACGGCCAUCGACGGGGCUGAGUGCACCAUCCGCAUGAACGAUGCUCCCACCACGGGCUACGAGGCUGAUGUGGGCAACAAGACCAGCUUCCGUGUGGUGGCCCACUCCAGCCUCUACCGUGUCCUCAAGCGGCCUCAGGAGUUCGUCAACAAGACCCCGGAGAACAUCUUCAUCUUCUGGGGGCCACCCAUCAAGAUGCAGAAGAGCCUCCUGAAGAUCAUCCAGCGCGUCUGUGCCUCCUUCCCCAACAUGACGGCCUAUGUCGUGUCCCCCGGCCGCAUGAAGCAGUUUGAUGACCUGUUUCGGGGGGAGACAGGGAAGGACAGGGAGAAGUCGCGCUCGUGGCUCAGCACUGGGUGGUUCACCAUGGUGAUCGCGGUGGAGCUGUGCGACGCCGUCCACGUCUAUGGCAUGGUGCCACCCAGCUACUGCGGCCACCACCCCCCGCCCCGCCGCCUGCCCUACCACUACUACGAGCCCAAGGGCCCCGACGAGUGCACGACCUACAUCCACAACGAGCGGAGCCGCAAGGGCAACCACCACCGCUUCAUCACCGAGAAGAGGGUCUUCGCCAGCUGGGCCGGCCUCUACAACAUCACCUUCUCCCACCCCAACUGGCCCUAGGGGCUGCCCCCUCGCCUGCCGGGCAGACCUCUGGAGCGGGGAUGGAUGGGGGUUUCCCUGCAUCCCCCUGGGAGCGGUGGGAGCCAGGCAUCCGGGUGCCUCCCACAGGACCGCCCCUGUCAUGCACAGUGGCCCCGUUGCACCUGGGAUGUCUUGGGGUUUGAGCUGGUUUUUGGGGGAGCCAGGUGGCGAGUGCAGGGUUUGGGGUGUCCCGCCUCCACCGGCAUGGGGGUGAAAUCCUGCCCCACCCUGGUCCAGGCACAUUGCAGCCCCUGCAAGAAUACAAAAGGGUGCCGUGUCACCUCUGCUCAGUUUGGGGUUGCAUCACUUUUGGGGCCACUGCAGAGACUGUUUCCCCCAACUCUCUGAGUGGAAGGACCCCCUCUUGAAGCUCAGCCCCCCUCUGCCAUGCCCAGCCCCCCAGUCUCAGUCCUCAGUCACCCCUCCCUCAGCAGAACCCCACAGUUUUUGGUGGGAACCUGUGAGGGUGGCACUUGCCAUCCUCGCUGCCCCAGCACCCUGAAAACACCCAUUCCCUCCCAGCACCGCUGCGCCCCACACUGCCAAAACCUUUUCUAACUGAAUGAUGGGAUUUUGGGGAGCUUUUGGGGUUUUUGGCAUUUUUUCUAUCCACUUCUUGUCCCAGAGUUUGUAUUUGGGUUUCCUGGCCGAAGGAACAAGCAGGGGCUGCUCAUUAGUGGUAACGAAGCAGUAGCCGACUUAUAAACAAUUAGAAGUGGGUAGGUAGUGGUGGGCAUUGGUGCUCCUUGGCACCCUGGGGCCUGGAUUUUGUUAUUAAUAUCUUAACAGCGGAGAGGACGUUUUGGGAGAACAGCUAAAUAUGAUGUGUUUGGGUGCUGAGCCUUGGCUGGGCUCCGUGCCUCAGUUUCCCUCUGGCUGUGGCUGGGGUUUUGUGGGGCUCGGUUCAGGGGGAAGCUGUGGGGUGCCUGUGUUUUGUAAUGGUUUGUACAGAAAUAAAUAUUGCUGCAGUCUGUUGCCUUGGGCCCUGGCUCCAGGUGGGUUUUUGAGGCUGACGGUGGUGCCAUCACAGCGGGUCUUGAGACCUCCAGCCCACAGUGGAGCUGUCCCUGGGUGCUCAGGAGGGUGUGGGAAAGGGACUGGUGUGUCCAGGUGGGAUCCGUGUCCAGUUCCUGGCUGACUCCAGCUCUGAGCCUCUCCCCCAGUGUGGGUGGCAGCUGAGACCCCCCACACACCUUGAGUCGCCCCCAGCCACCUGCUCUGGGGUCAUGGGGUCUUGAGCCAGGGUCUCUGCAGCCACAGAGGAAGAGGAGGAAGGGCAGGUAAGUGUAAGGACUUAGAGAUCACAGUUGCUUGCCUCAAACACUGUUGCCACAGAAGGACUUUGCCAUGAGGUGGGCACAGAAUGCAGCGGCAGGAUGGCGCUGGCUCGGGGCCUGGCGAGGUCUGGCUGGAACAUCCUUGGUAAUGUAUCCAGACAAGGAUUCCCACUGGCAACCUGUGGGGUGGGGCAACUGCUCGUGUGCGUAUCACCUGUCAAACACAGACCACUCAGGUUAUGGCACAGAUGGCAUCUGCGACCCCCAAAGCCCCCCCACCGCCCUGAAUAUGCCUUGAACCUGGGCUGUAAGUUAUGCCACCGUGAGGGGAACCUGAGAUAAGAUACAAGUGAUACGCGUGUCUCAGGCUAGGGGGUGGUAAACGAAGCUGAGAGAGACAAGAAUGUAUCACUGAUGAUGGAUACAGAGUCCACAAGGAAAAACAACUCAGUAACUGUGCUGAAAUCAGCAACGGCUGCGUAAAAGGUAAUUCUGUCAGGGGGAUAUCACGACCAUUGACCACAACCCACCGACUCCAGAAACCCACUGACCUCAGGACCCCGCCAUCAAGAAGCUCGGGAUGAAGAAGGACCAGCGGGACACUGAUGGAUCCAGGUGGUGCCUAUAUUUCUGCUUGAUCUCUUUCUCGCUCUUUGCAUGUUUCUCCCCCUCUACCCUUUUUUUAUUAUUAUUAUUUCUAUCUCUCUACCUCACAUUUUAUUGUCAAAUAAAAUCUGUACUGUUGACUUCA